GCGGCGGGCAGCGGCCCGAGUCCGCGGCGCCGCGGCUCGCAGGGGGCGCGGCAGGCGCUGCCCAUGGGCCGGGCCCGGGGGUUCUGUGCGCCGGGAGCCGGGCCAGGUCACCCAGGGGGCUGAAGUCAGAAACAGGCCAGAGCCGGGGUCUUCCUUGGGGAGCAGCAGGAGUGAGGCAGGCAUGCCCCGGACACUGAGCACCUCCGACAUGGUCACCCCAGGCAGCCUCGGCCCACCCCCUACUGAGCCCACGGAUGGCGAGCAGGCUGGGCAGCCCCUCCUGGAUGGACCUCCAUCCUCAGCCUCCCUGGACACCCUGAUCCAGCACCUGGUGCCCACGGCUGACUACUACCCUGAGAAAGCCUACAUCUUCACCUUCCUGCUGAGCUCCCGCCUGUUCAUCGAGCCCCGGGAGCUCCUGGCCCGGGUCUGCCACCUGUGCAUCGAGCAGCAGCAGCUGGACCAGCCAGUGCUGGACAAGGCCCGGGUCCGGAAGUUUGGCCCCAAACUGCUCCAGUUGUUGACCGAGUGGACCGAGACGUUCCCCCGGGAUUUCCAGGAGGAGUCAACCAUAUGUCACCUGAAGGACGUGGUGGGCCGCAUCGCCCCCUGUGACGAGGCGUACCGAAAGAGGAUGCACCAGCUCCUGCAGGCUCUGCACCAGAAGCUGGCGACCCUGGGCCAGGGGCCAGAAGGCCUGCUGGGUGCCGACAAGCCCAUCUCCUACAGGACUAAGCCUCCGGCCUCCAUUCACAGGGAGCUCCUCGGCAUCUGCAGUGACCCCUACACACUGGCUCAGCAGCUGACCCAUGUGGAGCUGGAACGGCUACGACACAUUGGACCUGAGGAGUUUGUCCAGGCUUUUGUGAACAAGGACCCUCUGGCCAGCACAAAGCCUUGUUUCAGUGACAAAACUAACAACCUGGAAGCUUACGUGAAAUGGUUCAACAGAUUGUGCUACCUGGUGGCUACUGAGAUCUGCAUGCCGGCCAAGAAGAAACAGAGAGCCCAGGUGAUCGAGUUCUUCAUUGACGUGGCCCGCGAGUGCUUCAACAUUGGCAACUUCAACUCCCUGAUGGCCAUCAUCUCUGGCAUGAACAUGAGCCCUGUCUCAAGGCUGAAGAAGACCUGGGCCAAAGUGAAGACGGCCAAGUUUUUCAUCCUUGAGCACCAGAUGGACCCAACAGGGAAUUUCUGCAACUAUAGGACAGCCCUGCGUGGGGCAGCCCACCGCUCCCUGACCGCCCACAGCAGCCGGGAGAAGAUCGUCAUCCCCUUCUUCAGCCUGCUCAUCAAAGACAUCUACUUCCUAAACGAGGGCUGUGCCAACCGCCUCCCCAAUGGACACGUCAAUUUUGAGAAAUUUCUGGAGCUGGCCAAGCAAGUUGGAGAGUUCAUCACAUGGAAACAAGUGGAGUGUCCCUUCGAACAAGACCCCAGUAUCACCCACUACCUGCACACCGCCCCCAUCUUCAGCGAGGAUGGUCUUUAUUUGGCUUCUUAUGAAAGUGAGAGCCCAGAGAACCAAACAGAAAAAGAGAGGUGGAAAUCUCUAAGGUCCUCUAUUCUGGGGAAGACGUGAGAGGCUCUGAGCUGGAGGAGGCGGAGGAGAGGAAGCCAGCAGAAGCCUUCUGCAGCCCUGCCCCAGCAGCCCAGUGGCAAGCGGAGGCACUGGGUGCCUCGCUGCUUUGCAAACCAUGACCCUGUGGCCUGGCACCUGCUGCAGUGACCACGCAGCACAGAACACCUUUCUCCACCUUUUGUGGAACCUCAACCCCGGCAGGACCCAGGGCCUCUGGACGUGUGGGUGGCACUUGCCUCGGAGACCCCAUCCUCAGGACCGUGGUGGUCACACUGCUGGUCAGUCUGUCUGUCCUCGGCAAUGACCCAGGGGCUGGGUGGCUGCAGUCUCAUUCUUGCUGAGUGACUCAGGCCAUAGAAGUGAACAUCUGGUCUGUCACUAGGUGACCUGGGAGCCUCCACAUCUCCAGCAAGAAUCACAGCGACAUGAGAAGGGCCAGAGCCCACCGGAACCUGAGAUUCUACUGAUGGAUCCAACCCUACCCCUUGCGAUGGGCUGGUUUCUACAGCCCUGUGAACCCCCUUUCUGGAUCACGUUGGUAUCAGGAGACAGCUUCCUGGUGACAGCUAUGACAAGUUUGAGUCAUGGACGGUCAGCAGGACAAGUUUGAGUCAUGGACUUGACCAUGGGUACAGUUCAUUGUAAAUGUUGGAGUUGGUAUAAACACAUUGGUACACCUUGCGGAUCCACAUCCACUUCAUGUCUCUCACCUGUGGGCUUCUGCCAGGAUGCAGGGCAGUUUCCCAGCUCAGGUCCAGGCAGACUGUGACCACAGGUCAGAAGGGAGACAUGGCAGCCAUUUCUGAUCCACAGGCACCGUGCCAUGCUAAAAGGAGCAGGGUGCAGCCUUGCGCGAGGCCAGGCACCUCUCUUGUUGGGGCGGGGGACAGGGGGAGUGUCCAAGCCAGGGAGGACCCUCCACCCACCCUGAGGCUCCUACCACAGGGCCUCACCCAGCCCUUCCCACACUGAGCUAAGUUUUUGGGCCAGAAAGCAGAUGAGCCUUGGAGCCGCUGAGCCCUUACCUGGCAUGUGACGAGGUCACCCUGUCCACAAGUCCGAGAGCAUGAUGUGCACCCCUGGCCGUGCCCCUUGCUGCAGCUUCCUCCAGGCUGUGGGGGCGGGAAAAAAGGAUGUUAGAGAAGGACCUGCAGUUGGAACUGAGGUAGGUCAAGCAGGUCACUGCUGGUAGAGGCCUACCCCCAGGCCUCAGGCUGCUUCCUGUUUCCUAGUUCUGUGACCUUGCAACCACUGUUCCCACCGCCUGUUAUGCUGGUCCUCAGCUUGUUGAUCCAGUCAGAGCUGCAGCCUCGGGAGUAGAGUCCCCCUCCUGGGGAGAGAUUCCUGACAGGCAGCCCCCUCCUCCACAUCCGCUCCCUCCAGCCUGCCAGCCCCUCGGUGCCCAGUGCAGAAUGGGCAAAAGGCGAGGAUGGUGACCUGAGGCCCAGGCUCACCCCCAGCUGGAAGAGGGUCCAGGGAAUGAAGCAGCCCAGGGCCAACCCUACAGAGAACACAGAGUCAAGGGUGCCCAGGCUGAGCGUGUUAGCGGUUUAUGCUCAUCUGAAGGGCCCUGCUUUCUACUCCUCUGAGCAGCCCCUGGGUGGCCAGGACAGGAGGAGGCCCUUCUCCCAGUAGUUCCCAGGUGGGGAUCUUGGUGUCCAUCUCUCUCUCUCUGGGUGAGCGAUGGUGCCCUGCUUGUGGCCACAAAGAUGGUUCCUUAGCCACUUCCACGAUUCGUGCCCCCUUCCCUGCAGACGCCCCUUCGUCCUCCUGCUGUCCUGGCUUCAGUCCCUACAGCCAGGUCAGGUGGCCCACAGGGGAGGCAGCAGGUAGAGCCUAUGCCUGUGGGGCAGGUGUCAGCAGCACAAGAGGUGCCCAAGAGUGGUGUUCCUGAGGCCCAGGUUGGUACCAGGUUAUACUCCCCCUGCCACACAGCGCAGGGUUUGAAGCUACCCAGCUCAGCCACACAGCAGGCACCUAGCCCCAGUGCUCUGGGGAGGCUGGCAGCCCCUCUGUGCCCAGAAGGCCAGGGAAGAGUCAUGGCUCUGGUCUCUCCAUUGUUGUCUAGCACUUUUUCUCUUUCUCUGAACCCUUCAGGGAGGGAGCAAGGGGACUGGGGGGACAGGAAGUUGUCCCUGACUGGAGUUUGCCUCAGAGACCCCUGGGCCUGGCUGGGGAUCAGAAUCAAUUCAUCUCAUGUGAAUGAUCCAUGGGUCCCCUGAAACCCCCGCCCCCACAGGCCUUCCCCCCCACCCAGUGUUGCCUAAACUCAGCCUGUGCCCACUGGUGCUGAAUAGAAAUAGGAAGACAGGGUUUUGGGUAAAGGGGAAAAGGAUAACUUUAUUGCUUUGCCAGGCAAAAGGGGCCACAGCAGCUAAUGCCUUUAAGACUGUGUCCCCUUUGGGAAAAAUUAGGAGGUGGUUUUAUAGUUUGGGGAGUGGAAAAUAAGGCUGUAGAUAAGGGUCAGGUAGAGGCAAGCCUGCAUUGUUUCUCAAAGCUGGUGUUUAGUGGCCCCAGGACUGGUUCUGGUGGUCCUCCUUCUUUCUGGAAUGAAGAAUAAUUCAAGGAGUUCCGGUUGUGGUGGAGCGGAAAUGAAUCUGACUAGGAACUGUGAGGUUGAGGGUUUGAUCUCUGGCCUCACUCAGUGGGUUAAGGAUCUGGCGUUGUCGUGAGCUGUGGUUUAGGUCGCAGACGUGGCUUGGAUUCUGAGUUGCUGUAGCUGUGGCAUAGGCCGGCAGCUGUAGCUCUGAUUCUAGCCUGGGAAACUCCAUAGGCUGUGGGUGUGGCCCUAAAAACCAAAAAAAAAAAAAGAAUUCAAGUAAACGUCUUCUAUUUGUUGAGGGCUUUAGUUCUAAAGAAGGGCUCAAAGAUAUUGUUAAGUAUAUCCCUGGAGGAGAAACCAGGCCCCUGCCCCGAGGCUGCACCGCUGUUUCUUGACUGCUCCUCCCUGGUCUCUGCAUCCCCUCCCUUCCCUGAUUAGCAACUGUUUGAACCUGCCCUUUGCAACUCAGGGAAGGUCGUGGUGACUAAAGCUUAUUCCCUAAAAACAAGAAAUGGGGGACACAGAAAGCCUUGUGUGCCCACAGGGCCCUCUUGCUUUCACUAGUUCCUUGGGGUGGGUGUCUCCAUUUCAGCUAAUGACUUAUCCCAGGAAUCCAGCCUCUGUGGAGGUGUAUCUAUCCCAUCUGAAAGCAAUGAAGGCCCAGACCCCAGACGAGCCCAAGGUGAUUCCCAAAGGUAUGCCCAGAGCUAUCCCAGGGGACGCCACCAGACUCUUUCCUCAGCAGCUCAGAGACAGACAGUCAUGAGCUUGGCCCCUUGUCCUUUGUCAGACCUCAGGCCACUGUGUCCCCCAUGCUGCAGGAUUCAUAUGGGCUUCCCCAGGUGGAGACAGCCCACCCACAGCACCCCACAAAGCAAUGCCCUUCCCAGUCUCUAACUCUCAACUGCUGAUACACUUCAUCCAUGAGUCAAGGGGGCAGAAAGCCAGCUAACUCAAUAGAAAGGCUCAGUCAGCGUGUCCCUCAGCUAGAUGCUCCAUUUCACCACCAAAUUCAAAUGCUUCCUUCAUGGACACCAAGCCUACCACGAAAUCCCAUGAGGUAGGUACCAUUACCCUUGGCAAGUGACAAAACAGAAAGGCAAAGCCAUUGCCCAGGGACACCCAACUCACAGGGACAGGGUCUGGGCCGACCAGAGCCCAUUGUCUACCAGGACACUGCUACUGGUGGUGCCAAGGAGCCAAGAGGAGCUCUGACCGGCCUCUGGGUCUUCCCACGAGCACACAGUGACACCCAUCUUUCCUCUGCUCCUGCCCCUUUCUUCUUGCAGGGUCACUGAGUCCCCCGGUACCCCAUGUGUUCCAGAUGUGCCCUCAACUACCUCAUUCAUGCUCGAGACAAAGCCUCCCACUGCCCCCAGCUCCCUUAUUGUACACACUCUUCCAUGGGCCCUGCUGGGCACACCCAUGCCUCCUUCCUGGCAGCAGAAGACAGCAGGCCUCUCUCCUCAUCAUGCUACCCUUUGUCCCUGGCAUCUAUGCUGUAAGGCUAACAUCCCACUACACACAGCUUCAGUGAAAACAGCUCCAUUUUCACUCCCUGGACUCAGAGGGGAGCCCUGGAUUCCUGGGCCAGGAGAUCAAUCUAACAGGGAGAACUUAAAACAUACACACACAAGACACUUCUCAGCACAACCCAGCCCUCACCUGCAGGCUGAGCAGAGAGACUGACUGCCUUCGGUAUCAAACCCUGGGCCUCCAGGCAGGAGGGAAGAUUAACUGGGAAUGGAUAGACCUGAGGCAUAAGCUAGAACCCCACUGCUGACAAACAGACCUUCACCAAGUGGGGAAGCUGGGAGUUCAGCAGAGAGAAGAGUUUAGUGGAAAAACACAUAAAAUUACCAUAUACCACACCUAAAAUCUCUUCGGUGGGUGCCCUCCUAAAACAGCAGGACUCUGUGAGGCUCCUGGGCACAAAAGCCUUCCUGUGUCCCCCAUUUCUUGUUUUUAGGAACUAGGUGACAUUCAGUCUCCAUGACCUUCCCUGAGUUCCAAAGGGCAGGUUCCCACAGUUGCUAAUCAGAGAAGGGAGUGGAUGCAAAGACCAGAGAGGAGAAGUUAAGAAACAUAGGAUAACAAUGGGGCAGGGUCCCGGUUCCGCCUCAAGGAAUAUACAUAACGACAUCUUUGAAUUCUUCCACAGAACUUAAAACCCCCAACAAAUGAAUGAUGUUAGCUACUUGAUGAAGCAUUCUUUAUUCCAGAAAGAAGGAGGACUACCAGAACCAGUCCUGGGGCCACUAAACACCAGCUUUGAAGUAGAAGGCAAGCUUGCCUCCCCCUGAUCCUUAUCUGUGGCCUUAUUUUCCCCUGCAAAGCUGUAAGCCCACCUCUAGUUUCUCCCAAGGGGGGCACAGUCUUUAAGGCAUUAGCCUGCUGUGGCCUUCUUUGCCUAGCAAAGCAAUAAAGAGAUUUUUUUUCUCCUUUGCCCAAAACUCUGUCUGUGUUUGUAUUUGGCACAGGGGACAAAGACUGUUCAGCAACAAAAUUGACAUUUGAAUUAGUGGCCUCAGUAAAUCCCAGUGAGUGCCUGAGUGCACGCCAUCCAAUCAGCAUGAGGCCUGAAUAGAACAAAAGGUGGAGUAAAGGGAAAUGUGCUCUCUGCCUAUUUUUGAGCUGGGACAUCAUUCUCCUCCUGCAUUUGAACUGGAACUUAUACCUUUGACUCUCCUCACUCUCCAGCUUGCACACAGCAGGUCCUGGGACAGCUCAGUCUCCACAAUUACAUGAGCCAGUUCCUUAUAAUCUAUCAUGUCUCUGUCUGUCUGUCUGUCUGUCUAUCUAGCUAGCUAUCUACCUCUCCUAUUGGUUUCUCUGGGGAAACCACACCAAUACAGGAGGCAACAUGUCCAGUUUUAGAAAGAUUUCUUUGAUACCUUUUAACCUAAUAAUUCUACUUUUGCAACUUAUACUAAGGGGGAAAAAAAUCGAGAUUAGCAUGGUAUUUGCACCAUAGAGAAGUAGCUAAUGAUUACUUUACUCCUGUUCCUGUGACAGCAGGUGGAUUUUGCUCCCUAGUCCAGCCCAGAACCUGGAGAGCCCCCACCUGUUGAAUGAAAAAUGCAAAAGACUCAAACUUAUGAAAAGAUGCUCAUGGGUGAUAGAAAUGUUCAACCUCACUCAAAAGAGGACCACAUUGGCAUGCUGUAUUCACCUCUUAGACUGACAGAAUAAUAAUUGCAAAAUUGUGUGGGCAAAGCUGGGGAAACAGACACUCCUACAUUGCUCUUUAGAGUAUAAAUUGAUACACUCCUAUGGAAGUGGAUUUGGCAAUUUUCAUCAGAAUUGCAAAUAUAUGUAGGCUGUGACAUAGAAAUUCCCUCUUGUGAAAUUGAUCUUACCAACAUGCUUGUACAUCUCCAAAUGAAUAAGCCUGCAUACAGCUAUUCAUUGCAGUGUCAUUUGACAGCAAAAGAUUGGAACCAACCCAAGUGUCAAUAAAUAGGAAACUGGUUAUACCAAUCACUGCACAGCCCUACCAUAGAACCCUGCAGCUGCAAUGAGGAUGCUCUUUUUGUACUGAUAUGAAAGGUACCCACUGUAUGACACAGGUAUAAAAUAGCAUGGAUAGCAUGUUAGCAUUUGGGUAAAAAAGGAUGGGAAACAGUAUAUAUUUACAUGUGUUUAUUCAAACUCUCUUUAAAAUUUUGAAACAUUUUAAAAUAUACAAAAACUUACUAGUAGUUAACUUUUGGGAGAUAUGGCUGGGUAAUAGAGAAAGACUUCCUGCUUUUGAAAUAUGCAAUGUAUUACCAAUUCAAAAUUAACUUUUAACACACAGAGCAUAUAUCUGAGAAUCUGAAGAGCAAGGACUUCCAGCUUCUAGCUGUGGGAGACUUCUCUGCACAUGGAAUUACUAGACAGGAUCUAUACAGUCUUCAUUUCACAGAAUAUUACGAUAUUGCUUUCCAGAAUAUUUACCAGUCUAUAGUCCCACAAAUGGGAUUCAGGGCAAACCCCCACCCCCACCCCUGACCAGUUCUUGCCAACACUUAAUAUCAUCAGGAUAUGUUCCUGCUGCAUGAUACUUGCUAUAUGUGCAUCAAAAUAAGGAAACAAAUUAUGAAAGAUGAUGAGGGUCAGUAAUCACAGGAUAUAAUCCAGGAGUUCCCAUUGUGGUGCAAUGGAAACGAAUCCAACUAGUAUCCAUGAGGAUGCGGGUUCCAUCCCUGGCCUCAC